ACAUGGUCGUCGAGAAUCAUUAUCCGCAUCUGAAUGAGCUUACCGCCCAUCAAAAAGAUAAAAUUGCUGAGUUAAGAUCAAAAACUAAAGAUAUCCUGGCAACAUAUCCCGAGUAUGACACCGAUUUCUCGCUUCUUCGCUGGCUUAUGGGUUGGGACUACAAAAUUGACGUCAUUGUUCCAAAAAUGCGAUAUGCUGUGGAAACACUGGUAAAUCUUGGAAUGAACAACAAGCAGACAACAAGCGUCGAUCAAAUAAAUAGGGACAUCAAAAACAUGUCAGCUGUUGCCGAGUACUUUCCCGGGGGUAUAAUGGGAAAGAGCAAACGAGGUGAUGUGGUCUACAUGCAGGCUAUGGCAAAGGCGCAUCCAAAAACCCUCGUGAAAGCCGGGCCCACUUCGCAACUCUUCCAACUCUGUAUUUCUGAAACCGAAAUGUCAUUCAAAAUAAUUCGCCAAACCGAACAAGAAACCGAACGUAAAAUGGGUGUGAUCAUUAUCAUGGAUCUUGAUGGUUUUAGCAUGGAUCUUUUGUACACUCCUACUCUUAAAGUGUACAUGAGCUUGCUUACCAUGUUGCAGAACAUUUUCCCCGACUUUGCUCGCAGAAUUUAUAUAAUCAACUGUCCCGCAAUGAUGUCAGCGGUUUACGCGAUGGUAUCGCCUGUUUUGUCGUCUCAAACAAGGGAAAAGGUCCGAUUUUUGGAUAAAGAUUGGAAAAAUCAUCUGAUCGAGGAGAUUGGCGAGGAGAACAUCUUCAUGCAUUGGGGAGGCGUCAAAAAACACGAACAUCCAUGUGGCGAUAUUCGGAUGGGAGGAAAAGUGCCAGAGAGUUUGUGGUAUGCUGACUCUCACAAACUUGAAGGAGACCGAACCAAAAUUGCUGUUCCAGCGAGGUCGAAAACUGAGAUAAAAAUGUACGGAGAAAGCGGAAAGUAUUUCCAUUGGCUAUGGCGUGUUAGCAGUGGAGACAUCGACUUUAGCAUUGAGAAGGACGGCCGAGUAGUCUGGCCAGUUUUCCGCUGCCUCACAGAGUUUCAUCCGGAAAUUGGAUCCUUCAAAAUUGAGGAAACUGGGGAAUAUGUGUUCAUUUUCAACAAUUCGCAUGGAACAUUCUUCGGCAAAGAUGUGAAGUAUAAGAUUGUCUUGGAAUAAUUUAUAGAUUUCAUAACUGUUAUGGUCCUAUCAUUUUUGUUUUGUAAUUGGGAAUUUUUAUAUAUCACUGACAUUUUAAGGUUGUGAAUCAAAUGAGUAAAAUGAAUAAAAACUCGGUUUUCUGUGAAUAAAGGUUUUAAUAUAG